CCGUGCUGCCAAGACGGAAAGACAGUGCAGCUGUAAGAGGCCAAGACGCAUCAAGGGAUCAAGAUGCCAACCCUGACACUUCUCACGUUUGCCCUUCUGCUGACACAUCACGGCUUCUCGCUCUCCAGACCACAGUGUCACAGCUGCGAGGAAACAUCCUGCGACUGCUCGAGACAAAAGCUGAAGGAAGUCCCCGCGCACCCCUCAAAGCUCAUUACCCAACUCGACCUCUCAUUCAACAGACUGAGGACAAUCAUGAAAAAUGACUUUGUGGCAUAUGCCAGUUUACAGUCUUUGAUCAUGAACAACAACCUAAUCCAAACGAUCCAGGAGCAGGCAUUUGCCCCGCUGGCUAAUUUGAAGAAACUGGACUUGUCCUUCAACAGGCUGGACACGCUGUCUGCAGAAUGGUUCAAGAACCUCUUUUCUCUUCAGCACUUGAAUCUUUUGGGGAACCAAUAUAAAGUGUUGGGCAAAGGCAAUCUUUUCCAGCCACUGAAGAACUUAAAGACCCUACGUUUUGGUGGAUUCCACCUUCAGUCUGUCAGGGAACAUGACUUUGCUGGCCUCAGUGCACUUGACGAGGUUGUUUUUGAUGGGCAGAAUCUCCAAGUCUAUGCAGAAGGAAGUUUGAGACAAAUUGGGCACAUUAAAUACGUAGCACUCGGCCUGAACGGUCCGUUUCUGAGGAAUCAAACGCUCGUAAAAGCCAUACUGUCUGAUGUUACACACCCAGAUACAACCCUGAAAUUCAUUGACACGUUUUUCGUCAGAAAGGCUCAAAUGUCCCCAUUUAGGAGCCUCUACCACGGCGGAACAAAACAUGUUACUUUAAAAAAUGUUAACAUUACAAUGGGAGCUUGUGUGUCAUUUUUGAAUAUGCUGUCACACUCGAAUCUAACUAUGUUGUCGAUGGAAGAUAUAAAAUUCUUCUUAGGUUAUAUUGGUUACGUGCCAUAUCACCCAACCAUGAAUCAUUUAGAGGAGCUAGUUCUUAGAAACGUUGAAGUCCCUCAGUUUUACAGUUUCCCAGCCCUCGGUUUCCUCCGACCUCUGUUGAAAGUGGUGCGAAGGGUGUCUAUGCUAAACUGCUGGUUCUUCGCCAUUCCUUGUAAAUUCAUUGUCGGCCUCUCAAAUCUGGAGUACAUAGACCUCAGCGACAACAUUUUGAGCGACCUGGCCCUCAGCCAAAUGAUGUGCGAUGGCGAAGGUGGUCUUCAGAGUCUGCAAACCAUCAACAUCAGCAGGAAUCACCUGCAGUCAAUCAACAGCCGCCUCUUCACCAAACGACCGAAGCUCAAAAACAUUGACAUGAGUGGAAAUUCGAUUUACAGCAUGCCUGACACUUGUUACUGGCCGCCAAGUCUCCAAUUCUUAAACCUCUCAUCAACACAUUUGGAAAAAGUGACCCGUUGUUUGCCGACGAGUUUGCGCAUCCUCGACGUAUCACACAACACCUUGACCGUGUUCAACAUCAAGCUACCUUUUCUCACAGAGUUACACAUCUCUGGCAACAAGCUCAGUAGUUUGCCAGCUGGGAGUUUAUACCCUCGCCUCACAUUUCUCUCCAUUCAAAACAACAACGUACACACGAUCAGCAGCACAAAUCUGAAUGAUUAUAACAAUCUGACGAGUCUCGAGGCUGCUACCAACACGUACGUCUGUUCGUGUGACUUUGUCGCGUUCAUGAGAAGCGACGUGACGUAUCAUCGAGUCACGAUCGGAGAUGAGUUCAAGUCGUACGUCUGCGACUCCCCCGAUGCCAUGAGAGGAACGAGCGUGGUGGACGCGAGGUUGUCAGUGUUUGAGUGCCACACAGCGUUAUCUUUUUCUUUACUCUGCUUAGGCAUCCUGGCGUUGUGUCUGCUCGUCGCCGGUUUGUGUCACAAAUUCAGCGUCGUGUGGUAUGUGAGGAUGACCUGGGCCUGGCUGAGAGCUAAGAGGAAGCCAAAGUUAAAAAAGGGAGAGCUCAGGUAUGAUGCCUUUGUGUCCUACAGUGAAAUGGACUCUGGUUGGGUGGAAGCACAUCUGGUCCCGGAGCUGGAGCAGGCCGAGCCUCCUCUCCAGCUCUGCCUCCACAAGAGAGACUUUAUUCCUGGAGGCUGGAUCUUGGACAACAUUAUGGACGCCAUAGAGAAGAGUCACAGAACUCUGUUUGUCCUUUCUCAGCAUUUUGUCAGGAGUGAAUGGUGCAAGUACGAGCUGGAUUACACCCACUUCAGACUGUUCGACCAAAACGACGACGCGGUCGUGCUGAUUCUGUUGGAGCCCAUCGACACAGAGACCAUCCCCAAAAAGUUCUGCAAGCUGCGGAGAGUGAUGAACUCCAGGACGUACCUGGAGUGGCCUAAUGAUGACAACCAGAUCCCCAGGUUCUGGCAAAGCUUGAGAACAGCUAUUAAAAGACCUGAGACGGAUGAUGGAAACCAUGAGAAAGAAACUGUGGGCAUGUAGAGUUUUGCUUUGCAAUUUUUCUAACAUGAAAGCUUUACCGGAUCACUUUCAGAUAGAUGAAUGUGACAAAAGCUUAAAAACAGAUUAACUGAAAACAGUAUGAAGAGAAUAUAUUUAAUGUUUGACCUCAUCAGCUUCAUUGAUUUUUGUAAAUAUCUGCUUAUUCUGAGUUUGAUGCAGCAACAUGUUU